GCAGCGCUCAACAGGCGGGUUUUGGAACUACUGGCUGCCCACGUGACCUUUUAAGACGGGGUCUGGAUCCUGGCUCAUCGCAUUCGCACUUUCCUUCAUCCACUUCGUCGUGUGAGCUGAACUGAAGUAGAUCUCCGCGGAGAGCUACUUUCUUAUUUACAAAAGUUAUCAGCAAACUAAUCGCUCACCAUGGGUAAGGAGAAGGUUCACAUUAACAUCGUCGUCAUCGGCCAUGUCGACUCCGGCAAGUCCACCACCACCGGCCAUCUCAUCUACAAGUGCGGUGGUAUCGACAAGCGUACCAUCGAGAAGUUCGAGAAGGAAGCCCAGGAAAUGGGCAAGGGUUCCUUCAAGUACGCCUGGGUGUUGGACAAGCUGAAGGCUGAGCGUGAACGUGGUAUCACCAUCGACAUUGCUCUGUGGAAGUUCGAGACUGCCAAGUUCUACGUCACCAUCAUUGAUGCCCCCGGCCACAGGGAUUUCAUCAAGAACAUGAUCACUGGUACCUCACAGGCUGACUGUGCCGUGCUCAUUGUUGCUGCUGGUACUGGUGAAUUCGAAGCCGGUAUCUCCAAGAACGGACAGACCCGUGAGCACGCCCUGCUCGCUUUCACCCUGGGUGUCAAGCAGCUGAUCGUUGGUGUGAACAAGAUGGACUCCACCGAGCCUCCAUUCAGCGAAGCUCGUUUCGAGGAAAUCAAGAAGGAAGUCUCCUCUUACAUUAAGAAGAUCGGUUACAACCCCGCCGCUGUCGCCUUCGUGCCCAUCUCCGGCUGGCACGGCGACAACAUGUUGGAGCCCUCUGCCAAGAUGGGCUGGUACAAGGGGUGGAAUGUGGAGCGUAAGGAGGGUAAGGCUGAGGGCAAGUGCCUGAUUGAGGCUCUUGACGCCAUCCUUCCCCCCUCCCGUCCCACAGACAAGGCCCUGCGUCUGCCCCUGCAGGACGUGUACAAGAUUGGUGGUAUUGGUACCGUCCCCGUCGGCCGUGUGGAGACCGGUGUCAUCAAGCCCGGUAUGGUUGUUACCUUCGCCCCUGCCAACAUCACCACUGAAGUCAAGUCUGUCGAGAUGCACCACGAAGCCCUGACCGAGGCUGUUCCCGGCGACAACGUUGGUUUCAACAUCAAGAACGUUUCCGUCAAGGAACUGCGUCGUGGAUACGUCGCUGGUGACUCCAAGGCCAACCCCCCCAAGGGCGCUGCUGACUUCACCGCUCAGGUCAUCGUCCUGAACCACCCUGGCCAGAUCUCCAACGGCUACACCCCUGUGCUGGAUUGCCACACCGCCCACAUUGCCUGCAAGUUCGCCGAGAUCAAGGAGAAGUGUGACCGUCGUACUGGCAAAACCACUGAGGAGAACCCCAAGGCCAUCAAGUCUGGUGAUGCCGCUAUUGUCAACCUUGUUCCCUCCAAGCCCAUGUGCGUGGAGUCCUUCCAGGAGUUCCCUCCCCUUGGUCGUUUCGCCGUCCGUGACAUGAGGCAGACCGUCGCCGUCGGUGUCAUCAAGAGCGUGAACUUCAAGGACCCCUCAUCCGGCAAGGUCACUAAGGCCGCCGAGAAGGCCCAGAAGAAGAAAUAACUAGGCGUGUUGGAUGUCUUGAGGAAUUGGGGACUGGCCGGAACAUCAUGGCACAGCCAGUCCAUUUCAUCCAAAGGUGUGCCUCCCACACACUUGUGGAGACGCCCUAUCAAGGGCAUACUGAAACAUUGUUUCCAUCGGAAAGAACUAAGGAGGAAAGCCUUGUGAUAGUUGACAUUGUUUUUAUAAGCAUGGAGACUUGUGAUAGCCAAAUUUUUUUAUUUUUUCAAUUUGAUUUACUUUGAGUUAUGUACUAUUUAUUGGUGGUAUAACAAAGGUGUAUGGGAAUUGAUAUUAUGUACCAGCUCAAAGCUUUAAUGUUUGGAUGUUGCAAAAUUCGAGAACUUGUUGACUUCUGAGGCUAUUUUACCUUACCCAUGAAUGUAUGAAGUCACGUGCGACUUCACGCCAAUAAAUGCUGAUGACAACA